AUGAACAAAGAUCAAUUGCCAUCAAAUGACAGGUUCUCUGCACCAAAUUGCAAAUAUUUGAGACGUAAUUUGGAAUCAUUUGUUCUUAUUUGGUGUUGCAACACGACACUACAUUCAAAUAGAAUCGAUGAAGAUAUAUUUGACAAACUACGACAAGUAAUUAAUUUUCUUCUGACCAUCGACAAUAUCGAAGAAUGUAUUAAAUACAUCGAGAACAAUAACAACGAGAAAAUUUUCCUUAUUUUAUCCGGUGAAAUCGCUCAAGUCAUUUUAUCUAAAAUGCAUCAUUUACAGCAAAUAAUUGUUGUUUAUAUUUAUGAUAUCUGGCAAACAAACGACAUGAAUUGGAAAGAAAAUUAUUCAAAAGUCCAAUCUGUCAUAAAUGAACCUGAUGAAUUGAUUCGCAGAAUUUCUGAAGAUCAAGUCAAAUACGACAGAUAUGAACAUACGUUACCAACAACGAUUCUUUCUUUUCCCGGUUCCACAAAAGAGCAAAGUCAUCAUAAACUGGAUGGUUAUGUUUUAUGGUCGAAAUUAUUUAUGGCCACUCUUUUAAAACUAACUGAACAGGAUGUCGAAACAUCAUUAGAAGAAACAUUCAUUCUCUUGAACGAACAAUAUCAAGAAAAUUCUGUUCAAUGUACGAAAAUUUCUGAAUUCAAACGAACGUAUCGAUCAACAGAUGCGGUUAUGUGGUACACCAAAGAACCAUUUCUAUAUCAAGUUAUCAACAGAGCAUUGCGUAUACAAGAUAUCGAUACGGUAUUUGCAUUUCGUUUUCUCAUUCGGGACAUUUAUGAUCAAUUAGAAACUGAACAAAUAAAAUAUUUAAUGAAAUUAGAAGAGCAAAGUUCAAGUGUACCUUUAGAGAAGGUUUUACACACAUAUAGAGGACAAAAACUGUCCCGGGAUGAAUUUGAAGUUUUGAAAUUAAGUCAAGGGAAGUACAUAUCAAUUAAUACAUUUUUUUCAACGAGUAAAAACAAACAAAUCAGUCUUAUGUUCAUUCAAAGCUUUGAAAGUAACGAUUCAUCUCAGCAAGUAGUACUCUUUGAUAUCGAAUCAGACAUCACUGCACCUUUCGUUACUCAACCAUUUGCUGAUAUAAACCAUUUGAGUCAAUUUAGUAGCGAAGAGGAAGUUUUAUUCAUGAUUGGCAUUGUUUUCAAAAUGACCGGAGUGUUUUAUGAGGAUAAUGUUUGGAUUAUCAAACUGGUUUUAUGUGACGAAAGAAAUGAUGAACUAAAUGAAUUAUUUCGUGUCUUAAAACAAGAAGUUGUCGACCUGAAAACGAAUCUUUUGUCAGUUGGAAAUAUUUUACUCGAUAUGGGACGAUUGGAUAAGGCAGAAGCAUUCUACCAACGGUAUUUGAAAAAUUUAGCAGCGGAAAACACAAAAGAUCUCGCAAUUGUCUAUGAUAAAUUGGCAAUAAUUAAAGAAAAUUCACAUUGGGACGGUCCGAAAAUUGAAAUUUUACAUAGUUUAUUAAAUCGAUAUGCUGAUCGUAGUAAACCAGUUGAUUUCGAUAGAAUUUUAAAUGAUCUUCAAGCAAAAAACAUUCGGACUGAUGAAAGUGAUGAUUUGGCUCGUACCAAAACGCAUGAAAACAUCUCCAAUAUUUUACGAGUACAAGAACGGUUUGAUGAGUCAUUAAAUAUUUUAAACGAAAGUUUACUUAUUGAUUUGAAAGUCUUACCCAAAAGCCAUCCAAAGUUGGGUAAAACUUAUGAAUCUAUUGGAGAUCUCCACAUGCUCAUGAAGAAUUAUGGUCAUGCAUUAGAAUCGUAUCAAUCUGCGCGUCAAAUCAAAUCGGAAUCUCUACCAGACGAUCAUCGUGAAUUGGGCCAAUUGUAUAGAAAAAUAGGCGAUAUUUAUGCUGAAUCAUUAAUUGAUUAUCAGUUGGCUUUGAAAUAUUUUCAUCUUUCUUUGAAUAUAUUUACAAAAAUCUUUCCGGGAACACAUGAAGUUAUCACAGAAUUACAAGAUUCAAUCGGGACUAUCACAGCCGCUCUGAUGAAUCAAUAG